AUCUGCCUCCAUAUCGGCUAUUUUAAGACGAGACACGGCCAGUCAUGUAAGCGACCGUCGCUGUAUGAUUAAUGAUACCAGCGUGGAUCACAAGUCAGCUAGAGGCUCGGUUGGAGCACUGUACCUUUAAAACCAAACUGUUCCCUGUUUUCAGUCCUAACUGUCGGCCGGUGGCCACGUACGGCUGCGUGCUGCAGCGAUUAUCUCACGGUCCGGUCGUUAACGGAAACGUUAAACUACUUUCAGCAGUUUACUGUCGCGACGUUAACGACAUAUCGGCUUCUUUUGACUUUUCUUUUUUUUUUUGUUUUUACUUUUUCUUGACAUGGGUGGAGAGGCUAAACUUUUGAAUGAAGCUUCCCCGUUGGGACUGUAAAGCGGGAGGAGGGGGCAGUUUGUGGGGUCGUCCAGGCUAUCGGAUCUGGGAUCGGCUCACAUUUAUAACCAGACAGACGGCGGUUUGUUCGGGGCAGAGCUGAGCUGAACGGUUUCACCGAGAAGGACGCGGACUUUUAAAGUUUUAAUUCUUUAACCCGGACCACAGAAAGAGCCGGAAAGUUUGGAUAAACAGAAAAGUUUAACCCCGGGUCUGGAGCCCUGUUUCCCGUCAAGUCUUCGAACUGCUGGACUGUAAGCUAAUUAUUCACUGGAAAUAUCAUUCUUUUUACAGUUAUAACUGCUCGUAACCUUACUUUAUUGCAAUAGACACAUAGAGUAUCUUCAAAAUGGAUAAAUACGAGGAUUUAGGACUGGAGGCGAGUAAGUUUAUCGAGGACUUAAACAUGUAUGAAGCAUCCAGAGAUGGUUUAUUUCGAACCAGGAGGGAUGCGGGAAAUAACCCCGACUUUGAAGAGACGAGAAAAGUUUUUGCCUCUAAAAUGACUAAAAUACACAUGCAGAAACACCAGGAGGAGAUGGCAAAAAACAACCAAGCCGUGAAAAUGAAUGGGGGGCACAACAGCACAUACUACACCAAAGACAGACCGCCCAUCAAUAGUUACCGACAGCCGGGUGAAGCAGCCGCGAAGCCCCCGAUACUCUCUGGCCCUGUGCCGGGCACCGCGGCUGGGAAUCAGUACGCACAGUUUGACGGUCAGAAACACCACACAGGCAUUCCGUCUGAACUUGCAGCCGGAAGGGCAUAUGGCUACGGAAACAAUUACGAUAAUAAGGAGCGCGUAGAGCCACAUACAUACCAGCACACCACCCAUACUCCCCCUAGCCCAGGAAACGCGUCUCAUAGCGCGCCAGCACAGGCUCGUCACCCCGUCACCCAGCCGGCUGCUUGGGCCCCAUGCAGUGAGAGCCAGCCUCCCCCAUCUUUGUCUGGGUCUGGAAGCAGCAGUGCAUCUCAGCAGCAGCCCCAGCGCCAGUCUGCACCCCCCACUGGCAACAGUGUUCCUCCCCAGCAGAGUCAGGCCGUCACACCGUUUGUAAACCGGAGUUCACCCUCCUCUGCUGGAUCAGCCAGGGGAUGGACCCAAGAACCCUCUGGCUCCACAAAACCAGACCUCAUCCCAGCCCUGCCUCUGAGUGCCUUCACCGGGGGAGCUGACUUGCACAUGCAGCAGCCCUCUACACAGUCUGCAGCUCAUUACACAUCAGCUUCUGUAACUUCGAGACCCACUACCAACCAUAAUGGUUCCGUGGCAGUUAGCUCAUUGCUAACUGCACCCUCUGAAACACCUCGACCCAAAGACCAGGCAGCAUCUACUGCCUUUGUCCCUGCCAGUGUCUCCAAAAGCAGCAGUCAGAUUCAAGGUCAGAGCCAAAUACCGGGCUGUGGACCAGCCACCAGUGCUGAAGCUGAGGUCCCGUGCUCCCCCAAGUCUGUCCAGCUACUCUCCCAGUCUCUUGUUAUGCAGCCCCCUGAACAGGGGCCUUCAGCAGCUGAAAUAAAGUUGGAGGCCCUCACUAAGCGGCUGGAAAAAGAGAUGGAUGCCCAACCGAAGGCUGACUACUUUGGAGUCUGCGUGAAGUGCAACAAGGCAGUAUAUGGAGCAAAUCAGGCCUGCCAAGCUAUGGGUAGCCUCUACCACGACAGCUGCUUCACCUGCAGCGCCUGUAGUCGAAGGCUGAGAGGGAAGGCGUUCUACUAUGUCGGAGGGAAGGUUUUCUGUGAAGAGGACUUUCUGUACUCCGGUUUCCAGCAGUCUGCAGACAAGUGCAACGCAUGUGGUCAUCUGAUCAUGGACAUGAUCCUUCAGGCCCUCGGGAAGUCAUACCACCCCGGCUGUUUCCGCUGUGUCAUCUGUAAUGAGAGCCUUGACGGAGUGCCCUUCACCGUGGACACUGAAAAUAAGAUCUACUGUCUCAAAGACUACCACAGGGUCUUGGCGCCUAAAUGUGCAGCCUGUAACCAGCCCAUCCUGCCCUCAGAGGGGUCUGAUGAAACCAUUCGAGUUGUAUCCAUGGACAAAGACUAUCAUGUGGAAUGCUAUCACUGCGAGGAAUGUAAGAUGGAGCUGAACGACGAGGAGGGUCACCGAUGCUACCCUCUGAAUGGCCACCUUCUCUGCCACUCCUGCCACCUGAAGAACAUCGAGCCGGGCUGCUCCGCUUCCAUCAGCGCCUCCUCCUACUAACACGGGUGGAGGGAGACGCCUGGUGGACAUAAAUAGGAACUGCCAAAGAGUGACUGACAGUGGGAGUGGAGAGGCACAAUUCUUGUUGUAGAGGAUUGAUUAAUGUGUCAAAUCAUACUGUGGUUUGAUGUGUAUUUUCACAGGGAUGUUGAGGAAAUUUUGAUUAUGCCUAAAGACGUUUUGACGCACUAAGCAUUGUAAAAUACCAAAGCCUUACUUUGAAUGCAGUGAAGCUUUGCAUCACAUGAACUGCAUACUAACUUGGUAGAAGUGCUGCCAUAUGAUUUCUUUUAAAUGUGUACAUCAGUUGCAUUGGCUGUGUAAAUAUCUGCUGGUCAACUGCACUUUCACACUUCUGCUGUGAAAUUCAAAAACUGAUCUGUAAAUCAUCUGUCUGAAGGCUCUAAAAAGAAUAGAGGCUUUUUACAGAAUGUGCUGAGUGCCUGUUGUUCCUCCACAUCACUUUCUACAUGCAAUAAUAACAGCUGAUGUAUUUACAUAGGAGAACAUUAUUUUAAAAGGUCAAAGCAUCACAGUAAUUUCUUCCUUUUCCAUUUUUAAUCACUUACAACUGUAUAGAAAGUGCUCAUUUUCUUCUCGAAGUGGUUAUGAGAGCCCACAUGAAACUGUUGAUAUGCAAUACAUGAUAAAUGAUUUUUGAACACAACCAUUCCAUAGAUAUAGUGCCAUUAUCCUUGAGGUUGCCAUCCCUUUGUGCACUUACAGCUUACCAUUUCACUCUUACAUGCCUUUUCUUGUCUUGUUAAGUCAGGUUAUACUGUUCUGUAAUAGAUAAACAGCCAAUACUUGUUACAUGCAGUCUGCUCUAAGCACUAGAGAUAGAUUUGUGAGUUCUCUUAUGUACCUAUGAAGAAGUUAGCAUUAGGCCUGUAGGUCUAUGUGUUGUGUUACAUUUGCAACCAUUAUACUGUAUAUUUAAAUCAAAAGAUAUAUUGUAGGCCAAUACUCGUUUACUUUUGUUUAAUUUUGACUUGUAUGCAAGCCCCUUAAAUACUAAUUUGAUUUGCAGUGGGAAGUACAGUUUCGAUUGCCAACUUAGCCAUCCGUAUGUAAUUCAUGUCUCGAGUUGACUAACUUAAUAAUUGUUGCUUUUUAUUUGAGGUCCUUAUUUCAUAUCCAACUGUAGUUAUGACGAAGAGCAAACAUAUACAUGUGUUGUAUGAUUGUUGUCAAGAAAAUAUUUAAUAAAUGUAUUGCAAUAGG